UUUUCCUUGCUGCUGCCUCAAACUCACCCACUGGAUCUUUCAACCACUACUUUUAGCUAAUUAUGUUUACCUGUUUAAUACAUUACCUUGAUUUGUCUGGUACUUCAUCUGCUGGAUGUUUAAAAACAGUUUCUCCAUUGACCCUAAAAAUAUAUUGUAUGAACACCAGAAUGUACAGCAAUGAAUUUGAUAUUUAAAGGGACUGUUUGUAACUUUUUACAUGUGGUUGUAACCUAACCUGAGUGACUUUCUAUGUUUCCUCUAUCAGCCUGUAGACUGCUUUUUAUUUGAAGAUGUAACGUCAUGCGUACCCGAGUGUGGCUACAGCUACAGGGAUAGCUAACGAUAGCUAACUGUUGGUUAGAAAUGGAGUCUGCUAACACAAACAAACGACCAGCCUCCACCACAACUCAGACAAACUACAAACUACAAAAAAAACAAUAAAGUUAUAUCUAGUGAAGUCCGUCUUGCAAAACAGGAAUAUGACCGACGUCGGAUCAACAUCGACGGGCCCUUCGAUUCAUGAAGGGACAUUCCCCGAGGCAAACAGACGGAAAGAAGACAAACUUCCAAACGGAGAUGGAUCCACAUGUGGUGACGUGGAAAUUAUUUGCUGCCGGCGUGCUGCUGCUCACAUUGUACCGCAGCAACAACACUGCUGCUGUCAGCAUGAAGGAACACCUGGCUGAUUGUCUGGAGGACAAAGACUACGAUGAGCUGUUACACACUGUGAAGACCGGCCUCCCUCACAUAAAUACAUCUCACCACGUUGUUGUUGUCGGAGCCGGCGUGGCCGGACUGACGGCUGCCAAGCUGCUGCAAGACGCCGGACACCAGGUGACCAUAUUAGAGGCUAGUGGUCGUGUUGGAGGACGAGUGGAGACCUACAGGAAUGAAAACGAGGGCUGGUAUGCUGAACUGGGAGCCAUGAGGAUCCCCAGUUAUCACCGCAUCGUCAACUGGUUCGCUAAAGAACUGGGAGUCAAGCUGAAUAAAUUUGUCAUGGAGGACAUCAACACCUUUUACCUGGUCCAUGGGCUGCGGAAGAAGACGUACGCAGUGAAAGCAAAUCCUGACAUCCUGAAGUAUAAGCUGCCGAAAAGCGAAAGGGGGAAGUCAGCUGACCAGCUGCUACAACAAGCUCUGCAGAAGGUGAAAGAUGAAGUGGAGGCACAUGGCUGCAAAGCUGCACUACGGAAGUACGACCACUAUUCUGUGAAGGAGUAUCUGAAAGAAGAAGGUGGCGUGAGUCCAGAAGCGGUGAGGAUGAUCGGAGACUUACUCAAUGAACAGAGCCUCAUGCACCUGGCGCUGACUGAGAUGAUCUACAUCCAGAGCGACGUCAGCGACAACACCACGUACCAUGAAGUGACUGGUGGGUCAGAUCUCCUAACCAAGGCUUUUCUCACCGUCCUUGACAUCCCCAUCCUCCUCGACUCUAAGGUCAAACGUAUCAGUCAAUCAGAUGAGGGUGUAAUUGUAUCGUAUCAGACAGGCAAGGAGUCCUCUUUGACGGACCUUUCUGCCGACAUGGUUUUGGUAACAACCACUGCCAAAGCAGCCCUUUACAUGGACUUCGAUCCACCUCUCUCCAUCAGAAAGAUGGAGGUCCUGAGGGGGGUCCACUAUGAAAGCUCCACUAAAAUCAUCCUCACCUUCAGGGAUAGGUUCUGGGAGAAGGACGGCAUCCGAGGAGGAAAGAGCAUCACCGACGGGCCCUCUCGUUACAUCUACUACCCCAGCCACAGUUUCCAAAAAAAUAAGACCAUCGGCGUCCUCCUGGCUUCCUACACCUGGUCUGACGACUCCCUCCUCUUAUUAGGCGCGAGCGAUGAAGACCUGAAAGAGCUAGCUCUGAGAGAUUUGGAAAAGAUCCACAACAACAAGACCCUCACGUCUUUCUGCACAGGAGUGGUGGUAAAGAAGUGGAGCAUGGAUCCUUACAGCUUGGGUGCCUUCGCUCUCUUCACACCGUACCAGCAUUUAGAGUAUGCUAAAGAGCUCUUCAGAAGUGAAGGCAGGGUUCACUUUGCUGGUGAACACACCGCCUUCCCUCACGCUUGGAUCGAGACAUCGAUGAAAUCUGCAAUCAGGGCUGCUACCAACAUCAACAAAGAGUCCGCUAGAAGUCAACACCAUGACGAGUUCUAGGUUCUUAAAUCUGGCGCUUUUGCUUGGUUGCCUCAGGAGUGGGGCUCAUCUUGAUUUUUGCAACUCUAAUCCGCAUCAAACUGAUGGAUUUUUGGAAGUGUGGGCUUGAUGUCGCUUGGCAAAAGUAUAUCACACACUUGUGCAGCGGCUUUAGCAAUAACUGAUGCUCAUAACAAUCAAUAGUAUGUGCACCAGUAAUGUUCCUCCAAGCUUGAUGUGUCUGUCAUGGUCAUUUAUGUGAUCAAAUGGGUGCUAAAUAACACUACAAACUUUCCUUUGAACGCAACUCAUGGUGCUGAGAGUGCUCCUUCAAAAUCACCAGACUCAAAAAAAAAUGUGAAGAGCAUAUACCCAAUGCACAAAAUACCACCUGCUGUUAAAAGCAUGUCCGGCAUUACUGCCCCUCAGUAAAGAGGUUAUACUGCACAUUAUUAAAGGGUUACAUGCACUUUGUGAUCUUUGUCGAUCUCAACUGAUGACUUGUAGGCAUUACAGUAACAGUAAUUACACCUUCGUCAUUUUCAAACCUGACCGUAAACCUUUCAGUCGUAAAUGAUCAGUUGAAGGACAAGUAUCUUCAUGUGUUGAGAAAUGUCAGGAUCUUUAACCUUUUCACAAGUCACUCAGGAUCAAACUUUGGGAAAAUACACUGAUACAUUCCAAUAAACAUAAUCUUCAAAAAGUAAACCACAACAAAUGGCUCCCAAACCUUUUAUUUUCAUGAUUGUGUAUAAUAAUAGGCAGUCCAUAACAAUGGACAGUGUUGACAAAUGGUGAAUACAAAGAUAGAAAGAGAUGGCAAGUGACACUGUAAGAAACUGAUCUGUAAUUUAAACUAAGGUUGUCAAUCAAAUAAAAUAUUUCAUCGAGAUUAA